AUGGAGCAUAGAGACAUUCGCUUGCUCUCCUCGCACUCUUCUCCAUGGAAUAAUCUGCCAAAGGAACUCUUGGCGAUGAUCUUGAAAAGACUUGCUUUUGUUGAUAUAGUUUCAGUGAAAUCCAUUUGUUCUAAUUGGAAUAUAGCUGUGCGAUCAUAUAUUUACACCCCAUCUCCCCAAACUCCAUGCCUAAUGUUUCAUAAAGGUUGGUCAACCAAAGAUUUUGAGAGCCCCACCUUCUUCACCCUUGCAGAGAAUAAGUUUUACCAUAUCACCAACGGCCAUCCAUACAACUACUAUCGUUAUGAGGUUGUGGGAUUGUUGUAUGGAUGGUUGGUGAUUUUCACCGUACCAGGAUACCCAUAUAUUAUCAAUCCAUUUACAUCAUCAUGUAUAAUCCAACUUCCGAAGCUAAUCAAGUCCGAGGACAAAAAGAAGCGACAGCUUCUUUCAAUUUCUAAAGCCAUAAUUCCAUCUUAUUUCUAUAGUAGCAGCUUCUGGGUUGCAGUGAUAUAUGGUCCACAUCGGAAACGUCUUGGAUUCUUAAAGCAUUCACACAAAACAUGGACUCACUUAGGUGGUGCAUCUGAAGUCUACAUCGACAUAAUAUUCUACAAUGGUAUGCUUUAUGCAUUACGCAAUGGAGGGGCAAUUGAAGUUUGGGAUUUUCUUAGUCCUUCUCCCAAGAAAGUUAUGGAUCUUGAAGUUGCUUUAGCUCUACCUCAAUUGGUUACAUAUACAAAAGCUUUUUUGGUGGAAUCGAUGGGAAAGCUUUUGUUUGUUUUACGAUUGACAGGAGGUGAAUCACCAAAUUUAAUUGAUCAAUUUUUUGUCUAUCAGCUGGAUUGUGGUGGAGAAAGAUGGAUAACUGUGGAAACUUUAUCCAAUCAAGCUUUUUUUGCGAGUAAACACCAAUGUGUUUCAAUAUAUGCUCAGGACUUACCACAAGUGGAGGAAAAUUCCAUUUACUUUUUGACCACGGAUUACACUACUUUUGGAAUUUGCAACUUAAAAGAAAGAAGGAUGAUCAACAACACUUGUGCCAUCAACAACCGUGAGAAGCCUACUAGAGCACCGUUUUGGUUUAUCCCUAAUCCACAUUGGAUGGCAAACAAUGUAGGUCAGCUUCCUAUUAGGUAA